AUGAAGAGAAUGCAAGAGUGCUCCGUUGGGCGUCGUGCUGAUGAUUUUGAUGAAACUUUUAGGCAACUUAAAAAGGAAGAUGAAGCUCGUGCUGAAGAUUUGAAGAGAUUAAAGAAGGUAGUGGGCAUGCCUCUAAAUAACAGUAAGAAGCAAGGGCAGAUGCAAAAUGCUAGAUUUGAAGGAGUAAGUAACAAAAAGAGUGAAAGUACUUCCCCCAAUGAUGGUGGGGAUGGUGAUAAUACGAAAGGCCACAACUUGGAGAAUGGGCACUCCAGUGGUAACUAUGUUCAUAAUGAAGAUUCUAAGGUGAAUGGUGGUGUUAACGGUAUAGGAAAUGGGAGCUCCGACGCUGGGGCUUUUGAUGUAAAUAAGCUUCAGAAGCUUAGAGCUAAAGGUGGGAAGAAAGCCGAAACCCUUGUUAGCAAGGGCUCUAAGGCAGAGCCAAAGAAAAAGAAAACAAAGAAGAAUAGAGUUUGGGACGAUUCACCACCUCAGGCCAAAUUGGAUUUCACAGAUGAUGUGGGUGAGAAUGGGGACAAUAUAAAGGUUGUUGCAGCAGAUCAUGGUGAAAGUAUGAUGGACAAGGAAGAUAUUUUUAGCAGUGAAAGCGAGGCUGAAGAAGAUGAGGAGGUGGGGAAGGACAGCAAGCCUGAAACUAAGAAGAAGGGGUGGUUUUCAACAAUGUUCCAAAGGUUAGUUUAUUAAUUUCAAUCCUUUGGUUAUUGUGUGUGCAUGUAUGACUUAAUUUAGAGCAUACACGUAAUUUUAUUUUUAUGACUUCCAUUCACUAUCUGCAAUCUUUGUAGUUUUAGGCAUAGUUAUUUGAAGGAUAUUGCUUGAGUUUUUCAACAUUGUCUUUCUUCAUGAAAAAAAUAUGAUACUGAGUUCUUCAUCUCCA